AUGAAGCUCCUCCUUUGGGCCUGCAUUGUAUGUGUUGCUUUUGCACAGAAGGAUUACAAUGACUAUCAUCGCUACCCACUCCAUCCAUCUCUGAACAGGCCCUAUAACCCACCAACCAAUUCUUUCCCUUCCCCUUACUAUCCCUCGCAGAACAAUGCCCCAAAGUACUCUGACUUUUAUAAACCUACUAUGCAGGUCCCGAACUAUCCCUGGGUUCUCACUGUUCCUGGGGCCCCUGUUACUUAUCCCAUCCCUGAUUUUCCCACAGCCACUAGGUUGACCCCUCCUCCUCCUCCACCUCCUCCUCUUCCUCGUGUUGGGCCUCCCCGCUUUGUUUUUCCCUCAAGUAAUUCGGAAGUUUCUGCAGCACCUGCUGCUCGACCUGCCAUAGCCAAACCUGCAGAAAGUGAACGUUUGGUCACGGAGCCUGCGGGGCCCACCCCUACUGCAGCCACCUCUCCUACCCCAGAACUUCGGCCUUGUGAUUCCCUCAACAAGGUACAGAAUUGA